CCCUCACACCAUCCUCCUUCCCAGCCAUCACCGAUCCCUCUGUUUUCUUAUUCUCAUUUCACUUAUACAGUUAUACACCCUCUUCCCCAACAGUCAAUCGUUGUCAACAUCAUGUCCGGCGCCGGUCAACCCGCCAACCCGAUCCCGGCGAUGACGGUGUACCUCCCGCUGGAGCACCCGGCGGUUGUAAUCAGCCCCUACUUCCUGGCCCAGUACCCAGUGGAUCUCACAGUCGCCACAAAGAUGAUGACCUUGGGAGAAAACGAUUUCACCGUCAAGGACGUCAACGGGACAAUCAUCUUCCGGAUCAAAAGCAAGCUGAUGAGCCUCCACGACCGCCGCAAGUUGCUCGACGCCGCCGGCACCGUCCUCGUCUCGUUGCAGCAGAAGCUGAUGACUGCUCACAGGAGAUGGCUGGCGUACCGGGGAGACAGCAAGGACUCCAAGGAUUUGCUGUUCACGGUGAGGAAGUCGUCGUUGCUGCAGAUGAGGACCGAAUUGGACGUGUUCUUAGCCGGGAAUGACAAGGAAGAGGUCCCCGAUUUCAAGAUCAAAGGCAGCUUCUCCGAGAGUUCCUGCGUCAUUUAUCUCGGGAACACCAACAAGAUCAUUGCCCAGAUGUACAGAGGACACAGCAUGGCGACUUUCCUGUUUGACACGGACGAUUUCAGGGUCACAAUCUACCCAAAUGUGGAUUACGCCUUCAUCAUCUCUCUGGUUGUGAUUCUUGACGAGAUCAACGCAGAUCGAAGCGGCCAAGACUAGUCUACCAAAUCGUGUGGUAUUCGCAGCUCUGGGAUUAUUAUUUAUUACUUUAAUUUCCGGUUUCACAAUAAAAGACACGUAUAUCAGUGUCCAUGAAACCGUACCGUACCGGCGAUUAAACCACGAAAUACCAGUAUUGGAGGCUAAAUCGAUAGGCGGUAUUUACCGGUAUAACGGUUGAACUACGGUUAAACCACGAUUUUACCAUAAAAUAUCCUACCGCUGACUUUCUCGGUACGGUCUCCGGUACGGUUUCAUGGACCAUGACGUAGAUGUAGCAAUUUGGCCUUGUAAUCAACAGACAACUAUUGAAAGUUAUGCUAGCAUUCCACCAAGAAAAAAAUGCUAGCUUUGUAUCACUCUAGCUGUGCAACGCGGUACUGUACGAAUCAGAUCUAAUUCAGGGGAUCGAAUAUAUCGCAGUUUAAUAG